AAUGAAUACUAAUGAGCAACAUGGCGGAAGUAGCCUCGAGGUAAAAAAACAAAAUAGUUUCAGGAAGUUUUUGGGACCGAAUUUGCGGAACUCUUAACCCUUCCGGAAAGAUGUCACAGGGUUUACCGGGUCAGCUCACUAACGAAGAGCAGCUCUGGCUGCUGACGGAGGUGAAAGAAAAUCGUAUGACGCAAGAUGAGGCCGUAGAGUACGCUAGAGAGAGGGGGGCCCAAGCAAGACUAGAAGCUCAACAGGUACAAGGGACGUCUCAGGAAAUGUCUAAGCAGAAGAAGAAAGGCGGAUUCUUCAAGAAGCACAGCUUCACUGCUGGGUUUGCAAAGCUACCCACAGCUGGCAGGGCUGGCAAGAUGUUUCGAAAGGACAGCAAAGGUCUGGAGGAUCAGAUGUCAAAGGGCGAAGGUCAGAUGCCAGAGGUCGGUAAGAAUGCUGGUCUUGUGGAGGACCUGAUGAAGAAGGAGGGGAUAUCUGCAGAAGAUGUGCAGAGGGAGUCGCUGGCAUUCAGUAGUAUGGAGGUGAAAGAGGGAGAUGCAGCAAGAUCCCUUAUUGGUAAUCUAGUCAAGCGCGGCCGGAUGACCAUCCAGGACGCCAUGCAGUAUGCUCAGGACCACGGUCUGGCUGAGGCAGAGAGGACAGAGAAGGAGAACAUCGCGGAGGCCAGCAGUGCCUUCCAGCAGCGCAAGGUCUACAACUUCACUGUGUACAAGUUCUUCAAACAUCGCACCAGCCAGAGGAGGAUCCUACAGAUUGACUUUGAUAUCAAAGUGCUGCGUAACAUCCAGAGAGGCAAUGUGAACAACACUUUCCAGUUUGAGCAAGUCACAGGGUCAGAGAGUGCGGAAGGGUUGAGGUUCUUCAUUUACUUUGAGGACUACCAUGAGUAUGAGCUGAAUGCAGACAACUUGGAGGAGAAGAACAAGAUCCUACGGCUGCUGAACAUCAUAGUGGAACAGAACAAGUGUGAAAAGGAAGGAGAAACAUUCCAGCCAGUGAAGACAUUACCACGAGCCCAGGCCAUUAUCAAGGAGGGGGAGUUGGAGAAAAGGGCGGGAACAGCACUACUGAGGAACCAGUGGAACAGGAGAUGGAUACGGAUUCGACAGGGGGAGCUGUCAUACUACAAACUAGCAGAGGAGACACAGACUGCCCUGAACAUCAUCCACCUAAACGAUGAGAGUGUGUCCAUCACCCCCGAGGGAGACUAUGGCUUCUGUAUCAGCACCAACAAGGAACAUUUCUCGUUCAGAGUACCCAACCCAAACCAGAAGGCCGGCGCCGACGUCCAGGCGAUACGGGACGAGUGGUUCAAGGUGCUCUCGCGAGCGUCGCAGGAUUACCGUCGCUCGGCGGCCCACGUGUAUGACCACAUCCUCACGGACGAUUUCUUCAACCAGGCCACCUCCACCACCACUGUGCACCAUCUGACUGAGGAGGUGGGGGGGCUGGUCAAGAAGUUACAAGUGGAACUAGAACAACUACAGUCCGUCCUCACCAUACUGGAUGCACAGGAGGCGACUGCACAAAUGACGAAGCUGAAAGAGAUUGCCAGCAGUCUGGACAACCAGCUACGGGACAGCGGACUCCCUGGAUCCCUGACAGACGUCAGUCAGAAAAGUUCCACCCUUAGAGACAGCUCGGACACCUCGGACAGUCUGAAGAGACAGGACUCCACGGAUUCCUCGGAAGGCGAGUACAUGGACAUGAAAAGCCCAGGAAUUCUUCAAAAACGUGAGAGCGGAUCUUUUGCAGUUAUCAGCGGAGAAGACAUACAGAAAGAAGAUCAGGAAACCAUCACAGAAGAAGAGGAAACAAACGGAGAGAAGAACAUUUCCGACAUGUAUUCUAAGGUCAACAAGGAACAGUCUGUGGUUCCCCCUCCUCUACCGAUAAAGAGAAAGAAAAGUUUUGAAGGCCUAAUAGAUGGGGAUAAGAAGGAUGAGGAUGCAGCUGUGGAGGAGAACGGAGGCGGAGACACGAAGGCAGAAGAACAGCAGGACCAAACUGACUCUUCAGAUGCCAAAGCAGACAUUACAACCAAUGGAAAACUGCCGAUAGAUUCAGCAUCCCUACCCCUACCCCCACACCUAGUCCCCUCUGGUCUCCAUACACCCCCAUCCGGACCCCCCACCCCUCCUCCCUCACCGUUCCUGGCCAGGGGGAAGUGCGAGUCCCCCCCUCCCAUCGGUGGAGGGGGCCCCCCUACUCCGCCUUCCUCGCCCUUCAAGACAGAAGAUAUGCAUGACGAGAUUUCGAUGGACUCGGUGAAAGAACGGUUGGACUUGUCUGUUGAGAUGGACAAAACUGAUGGCGCAGACAACACAGAGAAUACCUCGCCAGAGAUACAGGAGGCCAGUCCUGUCUCCCCACCCACCAGUCCAGCCUCCCCACCCCCUCCCACCAGUCCUGUCUCCCCACCCCCACCCAUCAGUCCUGUCUCCCCACCCCCUCCCCCACCCCCACUCCCAACAAGCCCCAUCCCAGCAGCACCGCCUCUACCUGUUUUCAACAGGGGGUCAAGGGUCAAACUAAGGCCCUUCCACUGGACCAAAAUUCCCACUAAUAUGUUGUCAAAGACUAUCUGGAAGCAGGCCCAGGACAGGAGUGCAGACAUCAGUGUUGAGGUGUUGGAGAAAAACUUUGCACUCACCGACAGGGAUUCACCAGACUCAGCUCCUGUCAAGGUUAAGAAGAAGGCAAAGCUCCUCCUGGACUCCAAGAUGGCGCAUAACCUGGCCAUCUUCCUGACUGGGUUCAAGGUUGGGCCUGGGGAGUUCACCAACAAACUGCUCAUCAUCGGAGAAGAGGAGGGAGGACUCACCAUGGAACAGAUUAAUACACUCAGGAGAUUCCUGCCCACAUCAGAAGAGCAGGAGCUGUUCCGGUCGUACCAGGGGGAGCGUUCGGAGCUGGAGUCCACCGACAGGUUCAUGCUGGAGAUGUGCAGUGUACCCAUGGUGGAGAUAAGGCUGGACCUGCUGAUGGUGAUGGCAGAACUACCUGAACAGAUACAGGACCUCACACCGACCAUCCACACGACCUUGGGUGCGUGUCAGGAGCUGGUACAGCAGAAGCACUUCCACCAGGUACUGGAGUACAUCCUGGCAGUGGGCAACCGGAUCAACAUGGGCACCACCAGGGGAGCGGCUCGGGGAUUCCGUCUGGCUUCUCUAAACAAGUUGUCAGAAACCUACAGCAGUGACAGGUCGUCCAGCCUGCUACAGUUUGUAGUGGAACAGAUCAAACAGAAGGAGCCCCAACUACUGGACGUGUCUGCUGACAUGAGCUGUGUUCAGAGGGCCGCGGGAGCUUCAGUGAAAGGCUUGAUGGCAGAAAUGGAAGUGAUGACCAAGGACCUACUGAAGGCUAAGAAACAUGUGUCAUACAUGAAGAAGAAGAAGAACUCUCCGUCCAAGAGAGACUUGGAGUUCUGUAAAGAAGUUGAGGACAAGAUUUCAUUACAUGAAAAGGAAGUGAAUGCACUGCAGAAACAAUGUUCUACCAUGAGGGACACUUUCAACAAAGUUCUGGGCCUGUAUGGGGAGCUGCCUGGUACAGACUCCCAGGAGGUGUUCUCUGCAGUGUCGGAGUUCCUGGCCAGUUUUGACAUCGCCAGGGACAGGCUGAGAGAGGAGGAGGAGAAGAGGACCGACCCCAGGAAGAAGCUGGGCGCCAUCAUGCAGGGGUCCCUCGCUGGGGCUGCUGUCAAGUUGCGCUCCCCUACCUCGGACCACAGCGCCAUGCUGACCUCCCUGAGGGACACCCUGCCUGCCAUGCCUAGUCCUGACCAGGACAACAGUCAAGGCCAGUGGGCACAGAGUAGCUGAGGUAACUAUAAAGCUGGUACAUGUAUGUCUGUAAGUGCCUUAAAGCAAAACAGCAAGAAGUUGUGGUGGAACAUCUCAGAAGGCCACAACAGUCUUGUUACCAUGUUUCCUGGCUGUCAACAUUUCUCUAUGUUGAAUCAAAACUUUUGAUAAAAGAUUGUCUUAGUAAUGUGACAUAUCUUAAUAGUAUAGGUUUCAGAGUCUGUGGAAUUGAUUAAUUGUCAAUGACCAAUGGUGAAGCAAUAGACACAUUUUUAGACAUUUUUUGUAUUGUAUAUUUUCUAUUGAUGCCAAAUCCACAUAUUAUAUAAUUUUUUAUACAAACAUUCCCCCACUGAUUUUAUAUGUAAGUGUCACAGUGAAAAGUCCCAUGUUUAGGCAGGCAAGUGUUAUUCAUGUACAGUACAUCCUGACCAGUCAAAUCUGGACAAGAAUUUCUCUAGAAAAAGUGGACAUUCCUCGACUUUCAAGCACACUAGUGGCUGCAAUGUUCCGGUUGUUACUCUGUGACUGGUGGGUAACCUCUGUUGACAGAGUAUUGUAAUCGGUCAUGUCUUGAGUGGUCGCACCUAUAUCUCUCUGUUUCGUUUGCGGCAUUCGGUUGCUUCGGCAUGUCGUCUGUACUCAGUUGUGCGAUGAUGCACUUUUUUUUUCUCGCGGUAGCUGUUGUUAUAAUCGAUGUAAUAAUUUCAGAAGUCACUUAGCUAGCUUUUAGCUAAUUUCAGAAAUCAGUUAGCUUUUAAGUAUGUUUUUGGUAUAAUUCAAUAUGAUGUGUUCUGUUUACGAUGUAAACACCAUGUCACACAACCGA